ACGGUCGAGCUGGCCUGAUAGGAUCAUGUGUUUAUCUUGGUAGGCAAACACAAACUGGCCGGACUUAGAGUAUUGUCUGUGGAGGCUGCGGGGAUCAUUGUUGAAAGAUGUGCGACUCGAUGCUACAUUUCGUGAGCGUUUUCUGACGGAGAUUUGUGGCUUUCUGGAGGCAUCACGUGUUGUGAUUUAAACCUAGUCGAGUGUUUUCGUAAAUACGGAGAGGAUAAACGUUGUACUGUUAUAAGCUAGGCUAGUGAUAUAAUUGGAGCUUUAGUUGGUUACUUACAUAACAUAGUAGACGAUGCACUUAGAAACCUGGCGAGUAAAUCGUGUUGGGACAGACACUAAUUAUUUUUUUCUAAUCAGCGAUGAUUUGUGAUUUGAUGAGCAGACGAUGAGGCAGAGAGCCAUGAAGUAUCGACCAGGAUUAUCUGUGUAGAGUUGCUCUAGUUGUAAGCUAGAUGAUGCUGUAUACUGCUGUGGUAUCUGUCGUAUUCUGAAUGCUGGAUGACGCUGUAGACUGAUGUGGUAUCUGUCGUAUGCUAAACGUUGGAUGCCGCUGUAGACUAGUGUAGGAUGUGUGCUGACAUUCUGUGACCGUGGCCACGCCAAAAAACUUUCCGGUACACUGCACAGCAACCUAAAGCUGAUCUGACGAGGGAAGAAAAUCAUCCGGUGUUAAAAGCUUUUUAUGACUUUUAUUAAUGGACAUUUUUCUCUCCACUUUUUCCCAUGUUAGAGCUAAGUAAUCUCGCAAUACUAAAAAGUUUGAUGCUUUAGAUAACGGUAUAAAGGAUUUCGGGAGACUUUCUCUACAUUAGCUUGGUAGUGGAUUGAUCUUUUUUACGUUUGUCAGCUCAUGUGUUCGUUAAUUGUGUGGAAAUCUCAACUACUGGUUCACUAAUUGUGUGGACAUCUCAACUACUGGUUCACUAAUAGUGUGGACAUCUCGUGUUCACUAAUUGUGUGGACAUCUCAACUAGUGUGCUCAUUCAUGGAACACCUGUGUAUGGACUAACCAUCGGACAACUGCUCACCAUGUCCGCUAUGUGGAGUAUACUUCACGCCUAUCAGUAUGGCCAGUUCCCGCCCAUUCCAUUUCCUCGCAUGCCCAGCACGAUACAUCGGUGGUCAUCUAACAGUGGAUUAACCGAUGAUGCCUCGCGAGAAAGUUUUGAUGACCCAGGCGGUAUGGAGCACAUGCCCCACCACUACCGCUCCCUGGAUCACUCCCCCACGGACGGCAUGGGGUGCGGCAAGGCCCGGAAAAACAAAGAGGACAAGUACUGCGGGGUGUGCGGCGACAGGGCCCUGGGCUACAACUUUGACGCCAUCUCUUGCGAGUCGUGUAAAGCUUUCUUUAGGCGGAACGCGCCCAAAGGCCUGGACUACUUCAAAUGUCCUUACGAAGAGAAAUGUAAGAUGGACGUGUCAAACAGGAGGUUCUGCAAGAGGUGCCGGUUACGUAAAUGCUUUGAGAUCGGCAUGAGGAAGGAGUACAUCCUCACAGACGAGGAGAAGAUGAGGAAACGUCAGAGGAUUGAGGAGAACCGUCAAAGAUCAACAGGAAAGCAGCCAGAAUGCAAAUUUCGUGAGGUGGACCGUACCAAGAUACAGCAGAGCAUGGACAUUACGUCAUCAGCCUCACCCCGCCUGCGGCCGCUGGAGCCCGAGGAAGAGACGGCCAUCAGCGAGAUCGUCAGCGCCUACCACCAGAGCCUGGAGAUCUGCGUGGAGUCCGAGGUGUCCCGGCACCACCCCUCCAUGACAGAGCUGGUCAACAUCGCUGAGAUCAGCGUCAGACGCGUCAUCGACAUGUCCAAGAAGAUCAAAUCCUUCAAGGCGUUGUCUCAGGCCGACCAGAUCAGCCUGCUCAAGGGCGGCAGCAUCGAGCUGCUCAUCAUCCGCUCCGUCAUCACCUUCGACUGCGACAAGAUGCAGUUCCUGGACCCGUACGACAAGGAGAAGUACGCCAUGACGACGGACCAACUCAAGAUGGGUCAGGGCUCCGGCUUGUUUGACGAGCACAUGCGGUUUGUCAAGAGCUUGGCCGUGGACCUUCAGGCAGACGAGACUGUGCUCAUCCUCCUGCUGAUGAUCGCACUCUACUCACCCGACCGGCCGCAGAUCUCAGACAAGCAUUACGUGGCUGAGGAGCAGGAGCGCUACGCCCUGCUGUUACUGCGGUACCUCGAGUCGAAACAUCCUCCGCACGUCAUCCGCUGGAUGUAUCCAAAACUGCUCAUGAAGCUGACGGACAUCCGCAACUUGAACGAGGAGCACUCCCAGGUGCUGCUCAAGAUCAACCCCGAGGGCAUCCAGCCUCUGAUGAAGGAGGUUCUCGACCUGAACGCCGAGAAGAACAAGCUGGCCAAGUGUGAGAACGACCACAACGCCAAGGUGGAGCAGCAUCAGGACCAGCAGGAUCAGCCCGAGUGCAUGUCCAUUUGUUAACCUUUGACCUUUGACUUGACUCUCAAGGCUGUCACCCUGUCUAGACGUGGGGCAGGCCGCAUCUUGCCAUUACUAUUGUAGCUUAGGGAACAGUUCCGGUGCAAUCACCACAAGUAGCCCAGGUCAUUCUCUCUCACACCACACGGACUCUGAUAGUGUUGCUUGUUGCUAUGGUUACGCCAUAUGUUAUAGCAUUUGUGCCUAAUAAUUCAUCGUACUGAGGUGAACUGACUUGACUAAGGUCGCCAUGUUUGUAAACUUUAACUUGACACUAACCAAGCCCACUAAGAUGGGGGCUGAGCUAAAUGGGCGGGGUGGGCGGGCUACGUACAGCUUAGUGUACAUUGUACACAUUCAACUUGAUGGAGGCUUUUGUAAAUCUUUGAUCAAGUUUUUUUUUUUUACAAGUUUGUUAAUCUUCUCCAGUGAAAGUCUGGAUCAUCAAGUCAAGGCGGGCAUGUUACUAGCCUGACAUGACAUGUCUUAGCCGGACAUGACAUGUCUUAGCCUGACAUGUCACUAGCCUGGCAUGACAUGUCACUAGCCUGGCAUGGUCCCACUGACAUGUGUACACCAGACUGUGUACACCAACCUUACAAGUUACAUGUGUACAGAAAUAUGAUAAUCCCAAAAUUGAUAUCAUUUCUCUUUAUUGCUACUUUUGCAUGGAUUUUUCAUAGUACUUUUCUAAUUAGUCAAACUUUUGUCUGUACAAACUUGUUUGUUUUUAUACAAACUUUCUCUACAAACAGUAGAACUGUCUAUAUGUGGUACUACCAACCACAGCUGCUAAUUAAAUUUUGUCGGUAAUUUUUCAACCCAAAUUUGAUCAUGACUUUGUUUUUGGCUAUCUAAGUCUGACACUGGCUUAGAUAGAAGAACUAGCAGCCGACCUCCACACUAUCUGAUUCUUGCUUGGAUUAGAACCCAGUACAGUUGGUUCUCGCCUAACAGCCAUUGUGUUAAUUACUUGUGUCCAGAUGGAGCAGCAAUUUUAGACCCGAAAAAUCUGGAGAUUAGCCUUGGUCUGGUCUAAAUAAUGUACAUAACGUGUGUUGACUUCAUACAUUGUAAUAUGUGUUGACUUCAUACAUUGUAAUAUGUGUUACUUCAUACAUAACAUAGACAUUACUGCUAGUACAUUUUGGAUGGCAGUAGAUAAGGCUAGUGGUGCAGCUUUAGAGGGGUCAAGUGGCGUUAGGGGGACCUUGUGUCAGUGUCAUUAGGUCAACCUCGUGUCAGUGUCAUUAUGUGGACCUUGUGUCACUAGGUGGACCUCGUGUCAGUGUCAUUAGGUGGACCUUGUGUCAGUGUCAUUAGGUGGACCUUGUGGCACUAGGUGGACCUCGUGUCAGUGUCAUUAGGUGGACCUCGUGUCAGUGUCAUUAGGUGGACCUUGUGUCAGUGUCAUUAGGUGGACCUUGUGGCACUAGGCGGACCAUGUGUCAGUGCCAUCUAAAACCAACCCACCAAAGCCCACUAGCCUUCCAAAAAAAAAACUCAUAAUAUGCUCUUACAGGUACUGUUGUUUUAUUCAAUAUUUAUGUAGGUUUUUAUUUCUAGGAUCUGUUGUUGUAUCCAAUAUUUAUAGAGGUUUUAUUUCAUGAAAUGUUUGAUUCAAUAUUUGUACGUUUUUUUUAAAGCUGAACAUGUUUGAUAGCAAUAAGACUGGUCUACAUAUAUGAUCGCUGAAUGUUCCUAUUAAACCAUUUUCAUGGUGGUUGUCAUUUCAAAUGUCACCAUUAAUGUCAUAUGUCACCAGUGAUGUUAUGUCACCAGUGAUAUGGUGACAGUCAGGUUAAUGUCACUCUGAUCUUUGACCCCCUCAUUAAUUUUUUUCUCUCUUCCUGUUAUCAUUAAUGAAUAAAAUGUUACUGGUUUGAAAGCAAGCUGACAGAAGUACAAUUUGUAUUGGCAAUCAUAACAGCAUUGUAGCAGAGGCGUCUUUGGUUCUAGUUCUGGCAGUAUUUUAAAUGGCAUUUGUCGUCUCCUUGUUUCUCGCUGUUUGUCUGUCUGUCUGUUGGUCUCUGCGUGGGACGGGCAGCUGUUGGUACUCGCCUACAGCCGGUGGCCCAUGUACAUAUCUGGCCACUAGCUAUGGCCAAGGUCUGGCCGUAGGUGAUGGCCAACUUAGACACCUGGCCGCUAGUGCAGAGGUCAGCUACCUACAACCACUCGGCCACUAAAACUCCUUGAACGAUGAAACACGUUCCUUUUUAUCAGGCCAAAAAACUACAAAUGUAUAUCGGCCCUAACUAGCUGUAUGUAUAUAGAUACAUAAAUAUACUGAACGGCUCUUUACCCAGUAAAGGAUGACACACCCUCCCUAUCCCCGAACUUACGACCCCUGCACUAGCAAGUCCCAUGUUGAGACCCCAGACAUUGUCCCCUGGGUCGGGCUGCCCAUAUGGAGCUGUCAUGCUGUCCAUGUGGAGCUGUCAUGCUGUCCAUAGCUGUCCUGCUGCCCAUGCCCCCACACUGUAAAUAGCCAUGCCCCACAGCAUGGAUUUCUUCUGUUCACUUUUCUGUUUCUCUGACUGGGAGAUCUGCCUUCAACAGGUUUUUUUUUUCUUUCUAGACGGGCAGCUGUGUGUUGUCUGUUGACCACUGGUCAGUGUUAGGCUUAACCUAGACAGUGGUUAACAGACUUUUGACCACUGGUUUGAGCUUAGAUUUGCCAUAACAAAACCCAGUCAAUACUUAGACCCAUUUUCUCCACUUCCAACCUCAGGGCAGACAAAAGAUCAGCUCUAGACAGCCGACCUCUAGCUGAUGGCUGACCCUAACGCUAAAACACGAGUCCUGGUCUGUCCCCCCCCCCCCCCCACACCCUGACCAACAUUUGACUGACUAUGACCCCAAACACUGACCCUGGUCUGGCCCAGAUAUGUCC